AUGGCUAGCCCUGCAACUGCCAACCAUGGUGAGAUGGUCAAGGUCCUGAACCAGAUCAUUGGAUGCCUCAAGGUUGAGAUGGAUGUGAAGGGCCUGGAUGGGAAGCCGAAGUUUGCAGAUUGCUGUGAGUGGCUUGCGUCCAAGCUUGACUCUGAAGAGAGUCGAAAGGCCCAUGCAGAUGCUCUGAUGGAAUUGUUGGACUCUGUCAAGAGCAUUGUGAGCGCUGAAGAACAGAUGGUCUUUCAGGACUUGGUCCCACCUGUUGCUGCCUGUCAUGUGGAACAGAAUGGUGUGCUCCAUUUGGAAAAGUUUCCACUUCGCCUGUGGCAGCUUGGCAUCCAGGAGAACAGUCAUGUGAAAGGAGCCCCGGCCCUUCAUGGACCUGUCAGACGCUUCAGUGUUGGAGUGUCUAUUGGGAGCAGUGUCACCAUGGCAUGCCACUUGUGUGCUUGGGCAGUGCUUAAGUUGGGGCUUCUGGAUGAACUCGCUGCCGAUGUCAAGAAGGAGCUUGCGAAGCGUCUCAUUGGAGUCCUCUGUUUGUAUGGGACAUGUGAUGCCAAAGAGAAUGCAGAGGCCCAGACGAUGGAGAGUCUGCGUGUCAAGACAGAUGCAUCAGCCAGGUCCAGGCCAUCUGUGUACAACAUUCAUUUCAUGCUUGACAAGGUGGUGUGUCACAAGCAGAAGAUGGGUUCGAGGAAAGCUCGCCAAGAUCUGUUUCAAGAGAGUGUGACCAAGCACAACCGAACAGCAGUGGGCAAGGCAAAGCUGAACACGCAAGAGGUCCAAGCCUUGUAUUUCUAUGACCAGGCACCUGCUACCAUCCAACGGAUGCUCAAGCUGAUCUGGGGGACACAGAAUCCAAGCCAAACUGCUGUGCCUCUGACCUUGGUGGGGAGGGAUUUCCUACUGCCCAAGAAGUCCAUGUCCUCCAAGUUUCCAGCUGACACCAACCCAUUGUGGCAUGAGAUCAGCAAGCAUACCUGGGACAAGGUCGAGGAAUUCUUCAAGCGAUUGGAGACCAAGUGGAACUUCAAGCUCCAGGAGUACUAUAAUCGUGGCCAGAACCCUCCGAUCAACAAUGCUCAGAUCUGUGGCCCAUUCCGUGAUUCGGGCAAGGAGGCUGAGGUCUUCAUGAUGGCAUCUUUUGUCAAUCACUUUGAAAAGGACCUGAAGCAUGAGAUGGGUGAUCAAGAGUUCCUGAAGUUCCAGACAAGUUGGAGGCAAGGGACUCUGGACAAGCGACUGAUGCCAGAGGUGACGGCUGCCCGUGUGGAUUUCAGGUUGUCAGACUUGGGGCUGUCAGGCCAGGAUGCAGACAUGUCAGGUGAAGUCAAGUUGCCAGACUGCUUUGAUUGUGAUGAUGAGGAGAAGGAGAAGCUGCAGGACCUGAUCUCCUUGGCCAGAUCUUUGAAGAAGGAGCAGGACACCAUGCGAUCCUACAAGGCAAACCUGGCACGACACCAGACAGCAUCCCUGGCUGCAGAGAGUGAGUACCAGGCUGCUGUCUCUAAUUCAGUGGAUGCAGCAUGGAAGGACCACGAACUCUGGUACAGUGUCCAAGCCUGCAAGAACAUCACUGCGGUGCAAGCUGCUGGGAGUGCAAUCUUGCAAGGACUGGCAGCCAGACAACUCACUGACAUUGUGAACUUGGCAGUGAUUGGGGUGCUGAAUGUGCCUAUGUUAGGCAUGGCUGCUUCUAGCCACCUGAGGAUGGCGGUUGGGCAUGUUGCCUCUGAACUGGCGUCAAAGGCUGGCACCUGCAUCUAUGUGAUCGUCCCACCCAAUCAACCUGAGUAUGGGGCAGGAUCUAAAAGUGGCAAGAGGAACUGGCAUGAGAAUGUGGCAGCUCACUGUGAACUGUGGAAGACAGAGUUGGAAGCUGCUAACGUGAAGUUGCUGACAUGCACGGCUCUCUAUGACGAAAGCACCAUGUACUCAGAUGAGCGAGCGCUGGGUUUUCAGUUUUGGAUUGCUGUAGCUGCCUCUGUCAUGGAGAACCUCCCCAAGCAGAAUGUGUUUGGCUCAUCGACCCUCAUCAAGAGGAAGGCCAUUCCUGGGUUGGUUUCAUGCCUCCACAGGGCAGACAUGGCCAACUUUUGGAAGGAUCUGAGCUUCUCAGGAAGUGGCAGCACAAACCGAGAUCUUGAUGCGGAGAGGAGGCAGUUCUUCUCUGGGGCAGCUCUCUACUGUCAGCUGUUGAAAACCCUGUUUCAGGGGACCAAGCUGAAGGUGUCGAACAUGGUCUUCAUCAAGGAUGAGACAUGCUAUGAUUCAGAGCUGGCAAAGGCGGUUGGCCAAAUGAAUGCCAUGAAGGUUGGCAAUGGGAUGAAGACUUGGCCAAACCUGGCCUACUGUGUUUUGGCUUGGGCUUGCAACACUGGUGUGAAAGAAACUAUUGCCAAGAAUGUCAAAGAUGCGAUCGAAGGAUAUGUCAAGGGUGCAAUGUCGCGUGGUGAGUAUGCACUGGUGACAAUCCCUUUGCAGCCCAAGCCUGGCCAGAAGUCACAAGCCCCUCCCUUGGAUGAGUCAACCUUUGCUCUCACUGUGCCAGCUGCCAACCAGGAGCUCCACUGGCUGAAGUCGACCUUGGACAAAGGGAAGCGCUGUGGGAACAUGGUCUUGCCAAGUUCUGAGCCUUGGCAGAACAUGACUUGGCCAGACCUGGUUGCUGUGCACAACAAGGAGUUCAACCCAAGGGAGGCUUCACGCAACAAACGCACAGCGGAAGAGCCAGUGGAGGAGCUUCACCGCCAAAAUGUUGGUGCAGUUCAUGCCCUCAAGCCUGAUUCACACCCAGCCCUGGAUGAGAUGGGAAGGUGCAAGUCACCUUUGAACACCCAUGAGUGGUAUGUGGACAAAGCAGGCAAUCUGUACUGCAAGGCAGUCACUGAUUGCACCUUGAGUGGUGCCCUUUUCCCCGUGCAUGGCCACUUCAAAACUGGCCCUGAAGCUGCGGCGUUGAUGGAGGAGGCGAACGCAGGGCUGUGCAUCCCGUAUAGACUCACAGAGGAGUCUAUGGUUCUUCUCAAAUCAAAGCAGAAUUUGCCUGAAAGUUUGCAGAGCUUCAGUACUAUUCCUGGCUCGUUGAAGGAGAUACUUUCUGGCAUCACCCAGGCAAGCUUGCCAAACCCAGGGCUCCACUUGCAUAAGAUCCUCGAUGGGAAGGUGACGUGCCUGGAGCAUGCGGUCCUGAAGCCCACGAUCAUGGAGGCUGAGGGUGGUGGGGAUGAAAGUGGCCAAUUUCCACCUGCAGAGAUUUCGGCUUCAAAGCUGUCCCAAUACGUUGACUUGAGCAAGCUUGCGAGAGCUGAAGUGGUGUGUGUCCUUGAGUAUGACCAGGGCACCAACAAGCUCAAGGGCAUGUUGCCGCAAGUCUGUGCCAAGGACAUGUUCAAAAUCUCCAAGGACACAGUGGUCAAGAUGUGA